AUGCCCAUUUCCAACAUAACAGACCCUGUGACUGGAGGAGUGCCUCUCUCGGUGGACUUCGACAGUCCUGAGGAUUAUUUUAUCUUUAUUUUCCAGAUCUUAUUCGCUACUGCUACUGUUCUCGUAGCUGGCACAGUAGUCAUUUGCAUCUUGGCCACAAAAGCGCUGCGCCUUCAAAAUAGGUUUAUUUUCAUGCUAAACACGAGUAUUUGUGACACGCUGGUUGGCUUUUCAGUGUAUUAUCUUGGUUUGUUUGAUGUUCAGGAGGGAUACCCUUCUAGAAAUGGAACUUAUAAUGUUUUGCCUUCAAUUCUAGGGGUCAAUAUAUUGACGUUUUUGUUCGCACAGUUUGACAGAUACUUAGCUGUGUGCCACCCAUUCAUCUACAGCCGCUUCAUCACACGGCAUGUUGUCAUAGGCAUUAACAUUUACUGCUGGAUUUACAGCUUUGCUCACUUGCUCGCCAGGAAUUUGUUGCCACUUUCUAAAUCGAUACAGCUGUACGUGUUCAGCAUCGUCUUCUUACAACUAAUUGUGCUCACCAAAGUGGUCAUGACUAUCAAACUGUAUGUUGUUGCCAGAUUCCAGGUUGCCAGAGACCCUCCCAGCGCAGACAAAGAAAGCAAGAAGGAAUCACUGAGAAUCAUUAUUUUUGUUGUCAUAAGUUUCUUGGUGUUGUGGGGCCCUUCUUUUGUUAAUAUCAUAAUCAGAUUUGUGGCAGGAGGAGGGCUGACAUUUAGGAAUGAAGCCACUAAUCUUUUCGCCAUCAUGGCUCGUUUCAACGCUGUGUGCACACCGUCAGUGUACCUGUGGGGCAGUCCGGCUCUGAGAGAAGCCACGGUGAAGACAGUGUGGGGCAGAGUGUGCCCGAGAUGUAAGAGGAGGUAA